AUGUCCCAGUUUGCUAGAUGCACUACGUCCAAGUAUAAAUUCGGAGCCCAUAUAUCGACUGCAGGUGGUAUUUCCAAGAGUGUCACGAAUGCCUUCAACGUGGGUUGCAAUUCGUUUGCUAUGUUUCUGAAGUCUCCCAGACGGUGGGUUUCACCCGAUUUUAGCCAAGAAGAGAUCGACCAGUUCAAGAAAAACUGUAAAGAGCUGGGUUAUAACGCGUUGACAGAUGUUUUGCCGCACGGACAGUAUUUCAUCAACCUGGCAAACCCAGAGAAGGAAAAGGCUGAAAAAAGCUACGCCAGCUUUCUAGAUGAUCUACAGCGGUGUGAGCAACUGGGCAUUGGGCUGUACAAUUUCCACCCGGGGUCAUCUUUGAAAGCAGACCACGAAGAGCAAUUGCGUCAACUGGCGACGUACAUCAACAAGGCGCAUGGACAAACCAAAUUCGUCAAAGUGGUAUUGGAAAACAUGGCGGGAACGGGCUCUUUGGUGGGCAGCGACUUGAAAGACCUGCACAAGGUGAUUGAGCUGAUCGAGGACAAGACCAGGAUCGGCGUUUGCGUCGACACAUGCCACGCUUUUGCCGCUGGAUACGACAUCAGCACGGAAAGCGCAUUUGACGCUUUCUGGGCAGACUUUGACCACACCGUGGGGUUCAAGUAUUUGUCGGCAAUACAUCUGAACGACUCCAAGGCGCCACUUGCGGCGAACCGCGACUUGCACGAGAAACUGGGCGAGGGCUUCUUGGGACUCGAAGUGUUCAGACUCGUGGCCAAGGCCGAGUUUUUGCGUGGUAUUCCGAUCAUUUUGGAGACACCACAGCCCAAGGACGAGGGCUACGGCGACGAAAUUAAGCUGCUGGAGUGGCUUGAGAACUAUGUUUCUGCUGAGCACGAGCAGGAGUUCCAAACCAAGUGUGAAUCCUUGCAAGAAACCGGUGCUAAGUCUCGCAGCGAGCAAUUGGCGAAAUUUGACAAAAAGACCGCCAAAAAGACCGCCAAGAAGCCCACAAAGGCUCCAGCAAAGAGAGCUAGAUCUUCUGUGGACGGUGAUAUAACCAAGCAACUGGGCUCUAAGAAGGUCAAGCCCGCUGUCGAAUAG